ACACCGGUAGAAUUGGCACAACAAAUAAAAUUUUCCAUUUAAAAUUAGCUUUUGCAUUUUUGACGCGUUUUAAGAGAAAAUCUAGUUUUCAGCAUGGAGGACCAGGCAUGUCCGCGCUGCAAAACAACAAAAUACCGCAAUCCCUCACUGAAAUUGAUGGUCAACGUUUGCGGCCAUACACUUUGUGAAUCCUGUGUAGAUUUGCUGUUCCUCAAGGGUUCGGGUUCCUGUCCGGAAUGUAUGGUGCCAUUGCGGCGCAACAAUUUCCGUGUGCAACUCUUCGAAGAUCCUAUGGUGGAGAAGGAGGUAGAUAUACGAAAACGUGUACUACGCGAUUACAACAAAAAGGAGGAUGAUUUCGCUACGCUACAAGAAUACAAUGAUUACUUAGAAGAAAUCGAGACUAUUAUCUACAAUCUUUGCAACAACAUUGAUAUAAUCGGCACCAAUAAACGCAUCGAAGCUUAUAGGCGUGAGAAUCGUGAAGUUAUACAAAGAAAUAAAACGCGUAUGGGCCGAGAGGAGUACGAGCUGGAGGAAAUGCUUGAAUUGGAGCGUGCGCAAGAAGAAGCACGCAAGCAGGAGUUGGCUGAACUCGAAACUGAGCAGAAAAAGAAAAAAGCGCGAGAGAAGGAAGCGCUCAUCGAUGAACUAAUGUGCAGUGGCAAAGAUGCCGCCGAGAUUGUAAAUGAAUUCGCCGAAAAGGUUGAAAAACUACGCGAGGAAGAGAAGAAACUGCCACCACCCAAACCAGCAACACAAUUCUCGACAGGAAUAAAAUUUGGACGCACAGCGGAUCAAAUGUUCCUGCCGUUACCAAAGGCGGAAGAGGGACCACUCUAUGUGCAUAAAGUGCCUACGCUUUAUACGGAAGGCCCAGCUGCGCCAGCUACCGCCGAAAUCGAAAGCAAAGGAUUCAUUGCGCACAUACGGCCCGAGAAUAGUGCUGAACGUGCCGGUGGUUAUAAAGCGAACUUGGCUUGUCAACGUGCUUUGCAAGAGGCAUUGAUGGGUCUCUACUUUGGUGCACCGACAGUUAAUUGACACGAAGUUGAAAAUAACAUUAUAAACGAAGAGCAGUUGGAGAUCAACCCUUAGUAGUUUUUUGUAUAACAAAGAAAUGAAUUUCAGAUUCUUUAAUUUAACAAACUAUAGGAUACACAAUUUACCAUAGACAUAUAGUUGUAUACAAUUAAGUAAUUUAUAAUAGGUUUACAAAACUUGCUAAAUUGAAAUGUUUCCUUGAAUACCAGCCGUAAGAUAAUAUAAAA